AUGAUGCCCGUCAAUACAGUGACCAAGCCUGGGUUCAAGAAUUUGGUAACUACACUGGAUAAGAGGUACAACAUGCCCUCCCGCACAUAUUUCAGCCAGAUCGCCAUACCGGAGCUACACAGACAAUGUAGACAGAGAGUAGCGAUGGAGCUGAAAACUAUUCAGUUUUUCGCAGCUACAACAGACAUGUGGUCGAGCCAUACAGCAGAGCCUUAUCAAAGUCUUACGGUCCAUUAUAUUACUGAAGACCUCCAACUCAAAGCUUGCAGCCUUCAAACUGCCUACUUCCCAGAAGACCACACAGGGGAAAACAUAGCUGCUGGCCUGAGAGAGGGGCUUGAAUGCUGGGAUCUCAAUGAAGACAACCUUGUCUGCAUAACAAUGGACAACGCGUCAAAUAUGGUGAAGGCAGCACAGCUGAACGAGUGGACCAGGCUCCAGUGUUUCGGACACAGAUUACAUCUUGCCAUUGAAAAUGCAAUCAAAGAUGGUAGAGUAUCAAGAGCAAUAGGGCUGUGCAAGAAGUUGGUGGGACACUUCUCCCACAGUUGGAGGAAAAAGGCAGCGCUCACUGAGGCACAGAAGGAGCUUAAACUUCCUGAACACUCCCUCAUUACUGAGUGCCUAACAAGAUGGGGGUCCAAAGAGAAAAUGAUUGCCAGAGUGCUGGAACAGGCAAAAGCCAUAUCGCAGGUAUUGUCAGGUGACCGACAUGCACGCUCCCUCAUCCCAACCUGGCAGGAUACCGAAGUGUUGGAGUCCAUUCAUAAGGCACUGCAUCCUCUCUCAGAAUUUACAGAUGCUCUUUCUGGAGAGGAGUAUGUGAGCAUCUCCUACCUCAAGCCAGUUCUCCACCUUCUGGCAACAUCAGUCUUGGCUGAAGAUGCUGAGGACACUGAUCUGUUCAAAACGCAAUACAUCAGCGCAGAUAACCUUCCUGCUAUUAAGGCCCGACUGAAGACAGAAAUGCUGGAAUCAGCAAGACGUACACACCAGGAGAAGAGGUCUCGCACUGAAACAGUUCAAAAUCCUCCAAGUGCACAGCCCUCUGGGGGAAAGGCAAAGAAGUCUCUUGGUAGCCUUUUUAAAACCAGUGUGACCUCUUCAGCUUUGCCUCUGCCACUUGAAGAUGUCGUGGAGGCAGAGUUGAAUAGUUACCUGUUGACCCCUGUCAUUGACGGAGAGGAUGAUCCCUUGGCCUGGUGGAAGGUGCACAACAUUCACUUUCCACGACUGUGCAAUAUAGCCCGCAAAUAUCUUUGUGUGCCAGCCACAAGUGCCCCCUCAGAGCGUCUCUUCAGCACUGGAGGGAAUAUAGUGACUUGCACUCGCUCAUCCUUAAAGCCAGCAAAAGUAGAUAUGCUGGUCUUCCUAGCAAAAAACCUGUGA